CCCUCAAUUUCUUGCAGUGAAGUUAAACGGCGGCCGACACGUCCAGGGGAUCCUGCGGGGCUUCGAUCCCUUCAUGAACCUCGUCAUCGACGAGUGCGUGGAGAUGGCGCCGGGUGGGCAGCAGAACAAUAUCGGCAUGGUGGUGAUAAGAGGAAACAGCAUCAUCAUGCUGGAAGCCUUGGAACGGGUAUAG